GUUUUCCUCGCGAUUCGCCGUAGUGACGUCACACCCAAACAAGAAACUGUUUGAGAGCGACUACUACCGGAUCGUACCAAAUAAGUAGAUUUUGUCCUCAUAGAUAAAUGUUAUCAUAAUGUCGCAGGAUCCCUGGUUACAAAACUAUGAUGCCAUUUGCCGCUUGACACAGGAAAUAGCAGAGAACAUCAAUGAAAGGAACAGGCAAAAGAGAACGGGGGGUAACCCUGCAAAGAUCAAUAUGACCCUCCGGGCGUCACUGCAAAAGCUGAAACAGAAUAUUGCCCAGCUCAAAGGGGAUUUAUUGCGAGCUUCAUCGUCUCGACGCUUAAUGCAGUCAGAAGCUGAUAGGAGGCAGAACCUCAUUGAUGACCUGCUAACCAGAGAAAAACAGCUCAAUGCCUCCUUCAAGGAAGACAGCACAGAGCCAGAACCUUCCAGGUCGAGUUUGUUUGCAGCCGGAGGGGCAGGAGCGAGCGGAGCAGUUUCAGCCAAUCCCUGGCUGGUCAACGAGCCAGAGGAAACCAGGGGACUGACGUUUGGGGAGAUCAAGCAGCAGCAGCAACGAAUCAUUGAAGCCCAGGAUGCAGGCUUGGAUGCGCUCUCAGCUGUCAUCAGCCGGCAGAAGAUAAUGGGCCAGGAGAUUGGCAAUGAGCUGGAAGAACAAAAUGAAAUCAUUGACGACCUUGCACAUCUCGUGGACAAGACCGACGGCAGGAUCCGUAACGAAACACGGAGGGUGAAGCUGGUGGAGACAAAGUCAGCCUCCUGUGGGAUGCUGGUGGUGAUCGUGCUGCUUCUGAUAGCCAUCAUAGUGAUAGCUGUGUGGCCCGUGUAGCUGACGACCGUGGACCUGUGCCGGAUGAUUCUACAACGCGCGUCGGGCUCAGAUACCACUUUUAAAUCACACGUCAACUCAUUUAACACUGUUUCUCGUCAGGUUUUAUUUUGGUUUUCUAACUUCUACGUGUGUGGCUGCUCCACUGGGACGACGUAGGUCGCUGUCACAUGUAUUUUAACUCAGAACACAAGUUAAGUGGAUCAUUAAAUCAUUAAUUCAGGUAAAUUAUUUUCAGCUUUGUAUAAAUGUGUGUAUUCGUCUGGAUGGUGGUGAAUGUUUAACGAGGAGAAAGAACAUUCCUUCUCCCAGUCCGUCUGUGGUCUUAAGCUUUGGCUGCGGUAACUCAGCAAGCUCUACUUUAUUUACACUCAUUUGUGUUUCCCAUUUAUUACUGUAGCAGCUUUAAUGCUAACAUUUGUCUUGGGAUUCUAAUGUUUAUAGAAUAACUCUGAGCCUAAACGAACUCACUCGCUCUUUUGAUUUCUUGUAAAGCAGCUUGUAAUUUCUAAUAAACCCCAUUUCCAUGUAA